AGUGCUGGUUGGAGGGAUGAGGGGGGUGUGGAGCCAGCCAGGCAGCCCGCCUGUUCCCACAGCAGUAAGCAGAGCAGGCUGCCAUGGCGCUGGCCAGGCCUGGGACCUGGGCCCCUAGGGCCCCAGCCCGUGUCCUGCUGCUGCUGCUCGGAACCCCAGCCCUUGCCCUCCUAGCUGGGACAGAGCCUCCAGAGUCCCUGAGUUCGUGUGCCUCAGACCCAUGUGCUCCAGGGACCCAGUGCCAGGCUACUGACAGUGGUAGCUACACCUGUGGGCCCGCGGAGCCACAGGGCUGUGACAGCCAGCCAUGCUACCAUGGUGCUCUGUGUGUGCCACAGGAUUCGGAUCCCAGUGGCUUCCGCUGCUACUGUGUGCCCGGUUUCCAGGGCCCACACUGUGAGCUGGACAUCAAUGAGUGUGCAUCCCGGCCCUGCCACCAUGGGGCCACCUGCCACAACCUGGCCGAUCGCUAUGAGUGCCUCUGCCCCCUCGGCUAUGCAGGAGUGACCUGCGAGGCCGAGGUGGACGAGUGCGCCUCUGCGCCCUGCCUGCAUGGGGGCACGUGCCAGGACCGCGUGGGCUCCUACAGCUGCAAGUGCGCGCCGGGCUACGAGGGUGCCCGCUGCCAGCUGGACCUCGACGAGUGCCAGAGCCAGCCGUGCGCACACGGGGGCACGUGCCACGACCUGGUCAACGGGUUCCGGUGCGACUGCGGGGACACCGGCUACGAGGGCGAGCGCUGCGAGCAGGAGGUGCUGGAGUGCGCGUCGGCGCCCUGCGCGCACAACGCGACCUGCCUCGAGGGCCUUGGGAGCUUCAGCUGCCUCUGCUGGCCAGGCUAUAGCGGCGAUCGAUGUGAGGUGGACGUAGACGAGUGUGCGGCAGGCCCCUGCCAACACGGGGGCCAGUGCCUGCAGCGCUCCGACCCUGCCCUCUAUGGGGGAGUCCACGCGGCCUUCCCCGGAGCCUUCAGCUUCCACCAUGCCGCCGGCUUCCUGUGCCACUGCCCUCCUGGCUUUGAGGGGGAUGACUGCAGUGUGGACGUGGAUGAGUGUGCCUCACAGCCAUGCCUCAACAGAGGCCACUGCCAGGACCUGCCCAACGGCUUCCAGUGUCACUGCCAGGAUGGCUACGCAGGCCUGACCUGUCAGGAAGAUGUGGAUGAAUGCCUCUCGGAUCCUUGCCUCCAUGGUGGAACCUGCGACGAUGUUGUGGCAGGCUACACCUGCCAGUGCCCGGAGGCCUGGGGUGGGCCCAAUUGUUCUGUGCAGCUCACUGGCUGCCAGGGCCAUACCUGUCCGCUGGCUGCCACCUGCACCCCUGUCUUCGAGUCUGGAGUCCACAGUUAUAUCUGCCUCUGUCCACCUGGUACCCAUGGACCUUUGUGUGGCCAGAAUACUACCUUCUCUGUGAUGGCAGGGAGCCCUGUGCAGGCAUCAGUGCCAGCUGGUGGCCCCCUGAGUCUGGCAUUGAGGUUUCGCACUACGCUGCCCACUGGAGCUUUGGCCACUCGCACUGGCACCCAGGACAGCUUGGAGCUGGCACUGGUCGGGGGUAUACUUCAGGCCACACUCUGGAGCCAUGGCACCACUGCGCUUGUCCUGAGACUGCCGGACCUGGCCCUAAAUGAUGGCCAGUGGCACCAAGUGGAGGUGACGUUUCAUCCUGGGAUCCUGGAGCUGCGGCUCUGGCAUGAGGCCUGCCCUGCCCAGCUCUGUGUGGCCUCUGGUCCUGUGGCUCUGGCUCCUACAGCUUUGGUGGCCCCGCUGCCUGUUGAGCACUUCUCUGCCCAGCUUGGUGGCGCGGUGUUUGCAGGCUGCCUCCAGGACGUACAUGUGGAUGGACACCUCCUGCUGCCUGAGGAUCUCAGCGAGAAUGUCCUCCUGGGCUGUGAGCGCCGGGAACAGUGCCAGCCUCUGCCUUGUGCCCAUGGAGGGGCCUGUGUGGACUUGUGGACUCAUUUCCGUUGUGACUGCCCCAGGCCACAUAGGGGGCCCACUUGCGCUGAUGAGGUUCCUGCUGCUACCUUUGGCUUGGGGGGCACCCUGAGCUGUGCCUCCUUUCUGCUCCAAGAGUCUCCAGCCCCCAACCUCACUGUGUCCUUCUUCCUCCGCACCCGGGAGCCCGCUGGCCUGCUGCUCCAAUUUGCCAACGACUCAGCAACUGGCCUGACAGUGUUCCUGAGUGACGGUCAGAUCCGGGUGGAGGCACUGGGCAGUCCUACUGUGGUGCUUCCUGGGCGCUGGGAUGAUGGGCUCCGCCGCCUGGUGAUGCUCACCUUUGGGCCUGACCAGCUGCAGGACCUGGGGCCGCAGGUGCACGUGGGUGGAAGGCUCCUCCCUGCUGACAGUCAGCCCUGGGGUGGGCCCUUCCGAGGCUGCCUCCAGGACCUGCAACUCAAUGGCCACCAUCUCCCCUUCUUUCCUCUGAGGCCACUGGAGAACUCCAGCCAGCCCAGCGAGCUUGGUGGCAGGCAGCUCCAGAACCUCACCAUGGGCUGCAUCUCUGAGGACACAUGCAGUCCUGACCCUUGUUUCAACGGUGGGACUUGUCUUGUCACCUGGAAUGAUUUCCACUGCACCUGCCUAGCCAACUUCACAGGGCCCACGUGUGCCCAGCAGCUGUGGUGCCCUGGCCAGCCCUGUCUCCCACCGGCCACCUGUGAGGAGGUCCCUGAUGGCUUUGUCUGUGUAGCUGAAACCACAUUCCGUGAGGGGCCCCCUGCCGCGUUCAGCCUGUCAUCAGGGCGCUGGCUCAGCGGUAUCUCUCUCGCCUUCCGCACGCGUGACCGGGAGGCCUGGCUCCUGCGCGCCGCAGUGGGCACCCAGGCCGGCGUAUGGCUGGCAGUGCGCAACGGCUCGCUCGUGGCCGGUGUGCGGGGCCACGGUCUGCCCGGUGCUGUGUUGCCUGCGCCCGGGCCGCGCGUGGCUGACGGUGCCUGGCACCGCGUGCGCCUGGCCAUGGAACGCCCGACGGCUGCUGCUUCGCGCUGGCUGUUGUGGCUGGACAGCGCGGCAACGCCUGUGGCUCUGCGUGGCCUGGCCGGUGACCUGGGCUUUUUGCACGGGCCGGGUGCUGCCCGCAUCCUGCUGGCUGAGAACUUCACGGGCUGCCUAGGGCGCGUGGCGCUUGGUGGUCUCCCACUGCCCCUGGGGCAGCUGCGGCCAGGCGCAACCCCUGGCCCCCGAGAGCACUUUGUGGCCUGGCCGGGGUUGUCAGUGGUGCGCCUCGGCUGCCACAGCGCACCCGUGUGUGAGCCCUCGCCUUGCCUGCACGGUGGCACCUGCCGCGACCUCUUCGAUGCCUUCGCCUGUGCCUGUGGGCCGGGCUGGGAGGGCCAGCGCUGUGAGGCCCGCGCCGACCCGUGUCGCUCUGCACCCUGUGCCCGCGGCCGCUGUCACGUUCGCCCUGAUGGUCGCUUUGAGUGCCGCUGCCUACCCGGCUUCGUGGGCCCACGCUGCAGGUUGCCUGUUCUGCCUGAGGAAUGUAACCUGAACCUCACCUGCCCCUGUGAGGCUGGGCCCCCGGGUGCCAACUGCAGCUGCCAGGAGGGCUUUGCUGGCCAGAGGUGUCGGACCCCUUCCCUGCCCUGUGAAACCAAUCCAUGCUUGAACGGGGGCACCUGCCGGGCAGCUGCCGGGGUGUCUGAGUGUAUCUGCAGUGUCAGAUUCUCCGGCCAGUUCUGCGAAGUGGCGAAGGGCGUGCCCCUGCCGCUGCCUUUCCCGCUGCUGGAGGUGGCGGUGCCUGCAGCCUGUGCCUGCCUCCUUCUCCUCCUCCUGGGCCUUCUCUCAGGGAUCUUGGCAGCCAGAAAGCGCCGUCAGUCUGAGGGCACCUAUAGCCCGAGCCAGCAGGAGGUGGCUGGGGCCCGGCUGGAGAUGGACAGCGUCCUCAAAGUGCCGCCUGAGGAGAGACUCAUCUAGGCCAGCCUGGCAGCCAGUGCCAGCACCCAGGAGGUCCUGAGCGAUUUCAACCUGGAGACCCAAGGAGGCUGCUUACGGGGCCUGGGACACUGAUGGGAAGAUGUCCCCUUGGCUGGUAGCCCCUGCCUCUGCCCCAUCGUGGACUGAGGAAAAGGGAGAGCAACUCAGGGAAAUAGAGAGGGACCUGGUGAGGGUGUAGGUAUUGCCAUCCGACCCAGGGUUUUGCCUCAGUAUGUGACUGUGCAUGGGAGGGCACACGUGGGUGCUCACGGUGUGUUCAGGAGUGUGUGAGCGUGUGCCUGGGACAUGUCUGUAGAUCUGUUGUCAGUGUUCUGAUGGGGCUCAUGGGCUUGUCUGUUUCUUUUGCUCUGUGUGUGUGUGUGACUGUGUAGUGGGUGCAGGUGAGCCUGGGGAGGAGGUGGCUGCGCUGUGAAGACGAUUUUUAUAAGACUGGAGUAGAGGGCAGCCCAGGCUGCACAUGUCCAGGGGGCCAGGGCUUGCCCAAGUACCAAGGCCGCAGCUCCCACAUCUCCUACCUCUAGGGGCUGCCCUGGCCCUGGAGGCAGCUAGAAGUCUAGGGAGGCCCUUAGUGUAGGCCAUAUGGGCUCUGGGCUCCCAGAACAGAUCCUCCUUCAAGUAGAUGUCUCUGCCACAGACCCAGCUUGCCCCAUGCCUGUGUAGGACUGGCCAGCAGGAGCACAAGACAGGCUUACCCGAGCUUCCCACUUUGCUGCCAGCCUUUUGUUGAAUGGGGAAGGCACCCCCUGCCUACCUCACAGGGCUGUUGUGAGGAUCAGAGAGGGGGAUGAUGGGGAAAGAACUCUGGAAGUUGUAAACUCCUGCCUGAUGUGAAGGACUGUCUGGGUGUCCUCUCCGCUGGCCAGAGUUGAGGAAAAGGAAGGUAGUGGCCUUCCUGGGGUUUAGCAAGAAGGCCAGAGCAGGGGGGCUAAGGAUGAAGGAGCAGCCCUGCCCACCUUCUGGUUCUCCAGGUCUGACCCUCCCGAGUGGCCUGGCAGUCACACCUUCACCUGCAGACCAAUGGCCUCUGUAUCUGGCUGUCAGGAGGAUUCAGCAAGGGGACUCAAGGAAGCCCCCCUAAGUUGUUUGGUACCGCCUCUGUGUGGGACUGGUCCUGCAGGGACUGACUUGGGGAAUUUGCUGCUUGCAGUCCCUUCCCUGGUGACGCCCAUUACUCUGACCUUUGAGCACAGAGAGGCACUUGCCUGAGGGCCUGGCCUCCUGUGAGCUUCAUGGGGUCCCUUUUGCCUGAUUUGGGGGUGUGUUCUUUUAUCCAUUUCCUAGGCCAGUAACUCCUAUGACCCAGGGUUCCAGGUGCCAAGGCCUGGAAGUCCUUUUGCACCUUUUUUCCUUGACACAGAGUCUUGCCCAGGGUACAGUACCCUGGCCUCACCCUAGCUCACAGCAACUUCAGACUCCUGGGCUCAAGCAGUCCUCCUGCCUCGGUCUCCCCAGUAGCUGAGACAAGAGGUGCCAUGCCUGGCUAAUUUUUCUGUUUUUAGUAGAGACUCUUGGUCAGGCUGGUCUACAACUCCUAAUCUCAGAGAUCCUCCCACCUCAACCUCCCAGAGUGUUAGGAUUAUAGGUGUGAGCCACUGUGCCUGGCCCCGUUUGCAUUUAGUUGGCAGUUAGGUUUUCCUUGUCAUUUCAGCCAGCUCUGAGGAGGCACAGGAGUCCAGUGUGAGGUGAAGCCAUGUAACAAUGGCGGGUACUUGGGCAGGGGAGGGGACAGGGAUUUGGCAGAGGCUGGGAUAGAGGGCCCUGAACUCUGGGCUGUGGGGCUCGCUUGGGCCUUAUUCUUCAGAUGUGGGACCACCUUUCUCCACUACCUCUAGGAAACUGGGGAGGAAGCGUCAUCUGGUACCUUCAACUUAGUCAUAGCCAACUCCUACUUUAAUUUGUUGAAAUCAGGAAUUUGGCAAACCUAUGUUAGCUGCAGAUGCCUUAGACAGUUUAUGUGGAACUCCCAACAUAUAGACAAAGCUGGCUGCUCUUUUGGGGGGAGCCCCAUGUCAUUCUGCUCUCCCCUUGCUCCUGUGGGUUCUGGGUGCCUAUCAUUUUCAGGGUGAGCCGUGGGAAGGGAAAUAUGGCCAGGUCAUAUUUCCAGUGGUCCAGAUUGCCCCUCCAAGCACAAACAUCCAGCAGAAGGCACAUUCCAAGGCUUUGCUCUUGCUAAUGGGAGAUCUGUGUGGGUGACUUGCCACGUAUCCCCUUGAACUUGUUCUUUCCCAGAGCCUGGGUACCCUCAACACCUUUGGUGGCCUGCAGCCUGCUCUAUGGUCCCAGCGAGGCUGUGCAGGCCUCUCACCAGGUCAGCCCUCUGCCCUGUCUAUGAAGGCAGAGGGUGAGCGGGUCAGGCCCUGGCUGGGCACAGGUACUCUGCACCUGGCUUCCACCUCUGCGGAGGGGAGGUGAAGAUGUUGAGAGCCCACCCGGAGCCUCUGCUCUCCACAUAUCUCCUUCAAGGACACAGAUGCCAGCCUUUUCCCUAAGAAGAUUUUAUUGAAUGCACACACAAAGUUCAUCCUUGGGUUUGCAAGUUCAAUCCGGCAAGUGAAGAGACAGCGCUGCUCGCGUGAACACGGGGCCCUUGCCACCAGCCCAGCAUAGCCAGGGAGACCAUAGGGUCUCCUGCGCUGGGGCUGCCCAGCACCUCUUUUCUUAUCUUCUGACCUGCCCCACAUGGGCCCAGGGGUCUGUUCAAGGGUAGAACUGGAAUCUGUGCUGAAACACAAAGUGCCUGGGAGGUGCCCACUGGCGUGACACAGCUCCCCCAGCAGCCAGAGAACACUCACUAGGUGGUAAGAGGAGACCUGACCAGAUGGGUCACUGUUGGCCAGGAAGAGCUGUGUGCUGGGCCGGCCAUCAGGCCUUACUGAACACACAGAGAAGCCUCUCAGACACAGAGGGGGGGCUGCCUGGGCUGAUGGGGACCUCCAGGGACCCCCUUAGCGCUAUCAGACAUCCCUGGGUAGACUGUGUGUCUGACCAUUCACAAAUAGGAAAUGAGAAAUCAGGUCAAAAUGCUCACAAUUUCCUGGAUGUCUCAGAUGGUUGUUUUCUUAAAUGGUGGGGCCAUACUUCAACUUGGUUUAUGGAAAUGAAUCAAUUUCAAGAUUCAUCAAAUCAAUAAGGUAAAAAGAAAAAGAAAGAUAA